AUGGGCGUCGGGAAAUCGCAACGUGGUCUUUGGGUGGUCUCUAAGGCCCAAACACCCCAGCAGCGCGCGGCGAACGCCAAAUUCGCAAAGUCUGAGGCGGCGAAACGUGGCAAGCCCCAGAGCGCCAUUAAGCAGAAGCAGGACUUCAAGAGCCCGAUUAGCAAGGGGUGGAUAAUUGUGCUGCUCUUCGUCCUUGGCGGCGGUGCUAUCUUCGAGCUCGCUCGUCUAUUCAUAGAUUUUUAAGCUCUGCGCCUCCUCUAUAUCCCCAUUACAUCAGACAUUGGAUUACAUUUAAAAGAGGAUACAUUUGCGGUUGGCAGAACUAGUGGAUGGGCGGGCUGGUUGUGGCUCGGUCAUCAUCAAUCUUCACUAUGCGGUUGAUUCAAGAGCUUGAUUGGGUCUCCUCGAACGGGUAGAAUGGUCUAAAAGGUGGAUUCUUCAAAUUCCCUAUCAGGAAGCGGACGUGCAUUGUUGUGCUCGGGAAUGGCGCUUGGGUCACGGAUUCUCUGGGUAGAGAUGCGGUUUUGAAUUCCUACAUUCGCGAAGCAUAUACCAAUCUUAAGUCUUGCCCAACUCGGAAAGUACAAAAUGAGAUUCUCUGCAAUAUUGUGCAUGAAGAGAUCUUCAUAGGGAAAAGUUAUCUGAACGGUACGUGAUACGAAAGUUUUCGUGUCAUGUUUGCAUAUAUGCCAUCCCAAUGCACUUAAACCGCCCCUG